GCCAUCUGAGCCGCACUGAGGAACCGAACCCCGGACCCGGAGACACACACCUUUACGCACGCACAGGGAGACUCAUAUAUUGCAGCCAAAAAGACAGGAACGCCGACCGAGGCAAACUCAACUGCGCCGCGGAUUUGCACUUUAUCUCCCCAAAAAUAAAAAAUAAACUCACUCCCUGCGAGUUAUCUCACAACCAACAAUUUAAUAACAUGUCAUCAUCGGUUAAGGACAGCGGGCAUUACGCCAACUAUGUGGGACCGUACCGCUUGGAGAAGACGCUGGGCAAAGGACAGACAGGUCUGGUGAAGCUCGGCAUCCACUGUGUGACGUGUCAGAAAGUCGCUGUAAAGAUUGUCAACAGAGAAAAGCUCAGCGAGUCCGUGCUUAUGAAGGUGGAGCGGGAGAUAGCCAUUCUGAAACUCAUAGAGCACCCCCACGUUUUAAAGCUGCACGACGUCUAUGAAAAUAAGAAAUACCUAUACCUGGUGCUGGAGCAUGUGUCGGGGGGGGAGCUGUUCGACUACCUGGUGAAAAAGGGCCGACUAACACCUAAAGAGGCCAGAAAGUUCUUCAGACAGAUCAUCUCCGCGCUGGACUUCUGCCACAGCCACUCUAUAUGCCACCGAGAUUUGAAGCCCGAGAACUUGUUGUUAGACGAGAAGAACAACAUAAGGAUCGCAGACUUCGGCAUGGCGUCUCUGCAGGUCGGGGACAGUCUGCUGGAGACCAGCUGCGGGUCUCCGCACUACGCCUGCCCAGAGGUGAUCAGGGGGGAGAAGUAUGACGGCAGGAAAGCUGACGCAUGGAGCUGCGGAGUCAUCCUGUUUGCACUUUUAGUGGGCGCUCUGCCCUUCGAUGAUGAUAACCUGAGGAACCUCCUGGAGAAAGUGAAGCUGGGAGUUUUCCACAUGCCUCACUUCAUCCCUCCGGACUGUCAGAACCUCCUCAAGGGGAUGAUCGAGGUGGACGCCGGCAAGAGGCUCACGUUAGAGCAGAUCCAGAAGCAUACGUGGUACCUAGCGGGGAAGAACGAGCCAGAGCCGGAGCAGCCCGUCCCGAGGAAAGUGGCCAUCCGGUCGCUGGCUGCGGCCGAGGAGAUCGACCCGGACGUCUUGGAGAGCAUGCACUCGCUCGGCUGCUUCAGAGACAAGGAGAAGCUCCUCAAAGAUAUGCUGUCGGAGGAAGAAAACCAGGAGAAGAUGAUCUACUUCCUGCUGCUGGACCGAAAGGAGAGAUAUCCGAGUCAGGAGGACCAGAACCUGCCGGCACGCACCGAGAUCGACCCUCCGAGGAAGCGCGUGGAUUCCCCGAUGCUGAGCCGGCACGGUAAACGGAGGCCGGAGAGGAAGUCCAUGGAGGUGCUGUGCGUCAUGGAGGGGGGGUCCCCGGUCCCCGUACGAAGAGCCAUCGACAUGGCAACCCACGGCCAGAGCAAAUCUGUGUUCAGUAAAAGCUUGGAUAUCACAAACGCUAACUGCAGCAAGGAGGAAAGAUCGCGGUCGAUCAGCGGAGCUUCCUCCGGUCUGUCCACCAGUCCUCUCAGCAGUCCCAGGCCGACGCGGCGGUUUUUCAUUCCGCCCCAGUCCCCCGACCUGUGUCAGUCCCCCAACUGCAGCCCCACCCACUCCCACCACGAGGUGCGCCUCAAUGGGGGGCCGCGGACGCCAAACUCCUACCACCCAAAGAUGGGGUCCCCCCUCAUGCACCCCCGCACGCAGACCCUCCCCGCAAAGCCCAAAGUGUCAGAGAAGCCCCUGCAGACCACACGCUCGAACCCCCCUCCCAAACACCGCUCAGAGCCCCACCCAACCAAAUCUGCGCCCUCUACUCCUUCCACGCCUCUGACCCCCUGCAUCACCAACAGCCCCCGGGUGAGGCGCCACCCUCCCCUCACUGUACCCCCGAAACUCUCCAUUCCCCUCUCCCCCGCUCCCUCUAUGUCGCCCCGCCGCCGCCACCACCACCUCCACCUCUACCCUGACCACAACGGAAAAUCUGUCCCCAUCACGCAGGUGACCCCCCACCCCUCCCCCAGAGGGAGCCCUCUCCCCACCCCCAAAGGCACCCCUGUGCACACGCCCAAGGACAGCCCGGCCGGGACCCCCAGCCCCACGCCCCCCCCCAGCCCCUCCAUUGGGGGGGGUCUGCCCUGGAGGACGCGCCUCAACUCCAUCAAGAACAACUUCCUGGGCUCACCACGCUUCCACCGCAGGAAAAUGCAAGUUCCCACCCAGGAAGACAUGUCCAGUCUAACUCCAGACUCUUCUCCAGA